CACACACACACACUACUAUCUGCUGCGACUGCAUCUCACAGCUAUGACAUGAAGCUGACCGAUGGAUUUUAAAGCUGAUUCAAAGCAGAACAUUCUGAGGUGAACAUGAAGGUCCUCAGAAACAUUCCACUGAUAGUUUUUCUGGCGUAUUUCCGCCUGAGUGAAGGGCUCCAGAGAGGACCCAGAAUCACAACACUGCUUGAGACAGUGGACACCUCUCUGGAUCAUAAUGCUACUUUCAUCUGUGAGGUUGAUUCAUACCCUCAAGCUGAUAUUACAUGGACACGGAAUAACUACCCAAUACGGUAUUACGAUUCCAGGUACAUUAUACGAGAAAAUGGCCAAAUGCUGAUCAUUCCCAAUGUAAAGGAUUCAGACAAUGGGGAAUACUGUUGUACUGCUAGCAAUGGGAUUGGAGAACCUGCCAAGAGCUGUGGAGCUUUACAGCUGAAGAUGAAGCCUCAAAUCAGAAGACAUCCUACUAACAUGACGUCGAUUGUGGAGUCUAAAGCAGUGUUGCAAUGUUUAACGUCAGGAUAUCCCAAACCUGAAAUAUCCUGGAUUAAAGGAGAUGACCUGAUGAAGGUUAAUAGUCGUAUAUCAGUUUUGGAAUCUGGUUCUCUAAAAAUUAACAACAUCAAGAAAGAGGACGCAGGACAGUAUCGCUGUGUGGCCAGGAACAGUUUUGGAAUCGUGUACUCCAAACCAGUCACCAUUGAAGUGCAAGCUCCUGCCAAGAUACUGAAAGUUCCCAAGGAGAAGAAAGUUCAGAUCGGAUCGGAGGUUAGGUUGGAGUGUAAUGCCACUGGCAACCCAAUCCCAUCCAUAACUUGGCUUGAAAACGGCAAUACGAUUUCAGGCGCGUCAGUGGAGGAGACGCUGGUGGAUGAAGUCAUCGUGUCUGUUCUGCGUGUGGUGGUUCAUAACCCAGCUCUCUACACCUGUCAGGCUACUAACCAGCACAGCGGAGGAGCCAACACCGUCAAAGCCACAGCUAAGAUAACCAUUUCAGAAUGGAGACUGUACAAAGGCAGCGCUGGCUACUGCAGUACAUACAGAGGCGACGUGUGUCAAAACGUGCUCCAUCGAGAUGCACUGGUGUUUUUCAACUACUCUCUACCGAACCCAGAGGAUGCGCAGGAGUACCUGGCCCAGAGCGCAUGGGGCGAGCUGGAUGGGGUGAGCUCAUUCUGCAGGCCCGCCGCCAGAUCACUGCUCUGUCACGCCACCUUCCAGGACUGCAACCCUUCUGGACUCGGACCAGCACCCAAACCCAUCUGCAGGGAGCACUGUGUCGCAGUGAAAGAGCUGUACUGUUUUAAGGAGUGGCGUUCUGCUGAGGAAAGAUCUCAUCGAGGCUUCCCACACAGCAUCACUCUCCCAGAAUGCACCUCUCUUCCCAGCCAACAUGCAGAGCCAUCAUCAUGUACAGUGGUUCCUUAUGUUGAUAUCAAUAAAGACCAAGUUACAACAACAUGUUACAAUGACAAAGGAAGAUUUUACCAAGGAGCUCACAACAUGACAGCAUCUUCAAUACCCUGUCAGCGAUGGAACCAGCAGGAUCCCCAUCAACAUAGACUCUCUGUAGAUGUGAUUCCUGAGUUGCGAAAUGCAGAAAACUACUGUCGUAACCCAGGAGGAGAGAGUGACAGGCCAUGGUGCUACACCACAAACCCUAAUGUACGCUGGGAGUAUUGUCUGGUGCCCAAAUGUGGAGAAGAUAUGAUUGUGAAGACUGUCCCGUCGAUUACAAAACCAGUCCAGUUUUACCCACCUCCUCCUGUGUCUACAGCCUACUCGAUGAGCGUUAUCAUCUUAAUCAUUUCUGGCUUCGCUGGGGCGGCCUUCUUUACCAUACUCAUCCUUAUGUGCCACAGACGAAAGAAAAGGUGGCAAAAGAGGAAAAGUAGGGUGCUGGAGACGCCUACUCUGACCACCCUUCCUUCAGAGCUCUUGUUGGACAGACUUCAUCCCAACCCCAUGUACCAAUGUCUGCCUCUACUUCUCAACUCCAAGCUCCUCAGUCUCGAAUAUCCACGCAACAACAUUGAAUAUGUCCGUGACAUCGGAGAAGGGGCCUUCGGUAGGGUUUUUCAGGCAAGAGCCCCUGGUCUUUUGCCAAUGGAGCCGUUCACCAUGGUGGCAGUGAAAAUGUUGAAGGAGGAAGCUUCGGCUGAUAUGCAGAAUGACUUUCAAAGAGAAGCUGCACUCAUGGCUGAGUUUGAUCACCCCAACAUUGUCCGUCUACUGGGAGUCUGUGCGGUGGGGAAGCCUAUGUGUCUCAUGUUUGAAUUCAUGGCCUAUGGGGACUUGAAUGAAUUCCUACGACGGCGCUCUCCAACUCAGCAGCCCAGUAUAAGUCGGGAUACCUUGACAAGAGGUAGUCUCGUAUUGGAACCUGAGCAUUACCCACCCCUCAGCUGCCUGGAGCAGCUCUCCAUUUCCAAGCAGGUGGCGGCAGGAAUGGCGUACUUGUCAGAACGCAAGUUUGUGCACCGUGACCUAGCUACUCGCAACUGUUUGGUAUCAGAGAACUUGGUUGUAAAAAUUGCUGAUUUUGGUCUCUCACGCAACAUGUAUGCAGCUGAUUACUAUAAAGCCGGUGAAAAUGAUGCUAUCCCAAUUCGCUGGAUGCCACCUGAGUCUAUCUUCUACAACCGCUACACCAGCGAGUCAGAUGUGUGGGCUUAUGGUGUGGUAUUAUGGGAAAUCUUCUCAUACGGCAUGCAGCCUUACUAUGGCAUGGCCCAUGAGGAGGUCAUCUACUACGUAAGGGAUGGAAAUGUGCUGGCCUGUCCAGAAAACUGCUCACAGGAGCUGUACAACCUCAUGCGUUUGUGUUGGAGCACUCAUCCCACGGACCGGCCUAGUUUCGCCAGCAUUCACCGCAUCCUAGAAAGAAUGCAUGACGAGAUGCUCCAAUCCGGCCUCUCUUGAGGAUCUCUAAAAAUGCAAUUCAAAGAACCAAAAAGCUCCAUUAGAAUCACAAAAAGCGCUGAUGGAUCUUGAAGAAGGAUAAAACAUUUUAAGAUAUCCAAAAAGCUAAAGACAACCCAGAGGACCUUUAAGUGCCCACAAAUACUAAAGAACCCAGAAGAACAUUGAGGAAGGUAACCUAAGCCUAAAACGAUUGAAAAAGCUGACACAAAUUAAGGAAUACUGAUCCCUCAAACUCUUUGAAGAUGACUGCCUGCAUCUGUCCAAAGGAUCUCAACUGUUUUCUUUCAGUGACACAGAUGUACAGCAGACUUCAGAUGAGUGCUAGUUACGGUUUGAGGUGAUAUGGAUAAACAGGAUCAGGAUUGCAGGUUACCUCUAGUAAAAAGGUGUAAGAUGGUGCAGUCACUGCAAGAAUCUAGAAUGAAAUCUCUGAGAGCAGAGACAUACAGUAUGAUUUUUUCUUUCAUCAUAAACCAUUUCUUCACAUUUGGAUCUAUUUUGUGAGUCAUUUUAACAGUACCAUGCAUCUGAUUAUGGUUUAGUUACAUUCUUUAAAACAAGUUAAUCCAAGCACAUGUUGUAGUUCUUCAAGCUGAAUAGCAUUGUCAUUGUUUGAUUUAAAUGUAAUUUUUUUUUUUAGUAGAAUAGCUUAUUCCAAAGUGGUAUAUCAGUUUAUGUUGCAAUUUAAUAAUUUUGUUAAUUUUCAUUAAUUAAUAUUCCAAUAUAAUAUGUUUCUUUGUGUGUUCUAAGUUAUAUUAGUAAGUAGAAGUGACUGAAACAAUGUAUAAGAAAAUAUUUUACAGAAGUGUUUUUUAUUAUUAUUAUUAUUUUAUUUUUUAUUUUUACAAUUUCUUAAAAUCAUGCCUAGCAAUUAAUGAAGAUUUAAUCGGUAUUUACUAUUUUUGUAUUAUCAUGAAUUGAGACAAAGGGAUAUGCUUAAAAUCAACUUUAAUUUAUCUGUUCGAUGGUCCCAUUAGUCUCUCUACUAGUUAUGAUUAUUUUUCACAUUUCAUAUCAACAAAGAAUAAAACCUAUGAAAGUUGGGGAGUAUGCAAACUAUGUAGUGAAAAAAAUGUUAAAUACAUCAUAACUGGCCUCCCUUUCUCUACAUGGUUGCACGGCAUAGACUAAAAUCUCUAAACAUCCUGGUGCAUUAUGAGAUGUUUUAUGUUUUAUAAACUGUACUUGUGUGCUGAACACUUCACUAUCUGGUACAACUCACCCAUUUCAUUUUCAUUUCAGUGUCCAUACAUCUGGCAGAUAUU